GAUAUUCAGCACAUAUACCCCAGCGGAAUGACAUUUUGAAAAUUUUGUUUACAUAAAAACAACUCACUUCGAAAGGAAUUGCACGGAAUUGAGCGAUUAAAGGACCGAAAAUCAAACCGGUAUUUGCUUCAAAUUAUUUCGUCGAUUAAAACUGCGUCUUUGAUUUUUGGUUAAGAUGAAUGCGCCACCAACAUUUGAGUCAUUUUUACUGCACGAAGAAGAAAAGAAAAUUGUGAAAGAAUUGGACACAAAGGUGACGAAUGCUGCCAUUUUUACUGUCAACAAAGAGGACCAUACUCUCGGAAACAUGAUUCGAAAUCAAUUGCUGAAAGAUCCACAUGUUCUGUUCGCCGGCUACAAAAAUCCACAUCCAUUGGAACAUAAAUUUGUGAUUCGAAUCCAAACGACAUCCCAAUACUCACCGCAAGAAGCUUUCAUGAAUGCAAUUACCGACGUCAUCUCCGAGCUGUCACUGUUCGAGGAGAGAUUCAGAGACGCACUUAAGGAGAAGAAGGAAGGAGUCGAUUGAAAAUUGCAUUUUAAUUUCAUUAACAAGAUAUCGUUGGAAUUAUAAACAACGGCAACAAAAGGGAAACAAUUAAAUUUGAACAUUUCUGAACUCUUA